AUGGAGAAGGGUAGCGGGAAGCCACCACAGACGUGCCCAAUCAAGCUCCGCUCCGCCCCGGUUCAUGGGUUCGUCGGGGAGAUCGCUCCGCUCCCUCUCAUCCGCUGCCCGUUUUGCCACGCCGGUCAGGUGGUCUGGUUCGUCUCCGGCACCACAGCCAACCCUGGUAGACACUUCUACAAGUGCGAGAACCAGGGCCCCGGCGGGUGCAACUUCUGGAAAUGGGAGAACAACUACAUCGAGUACCUGCGUUCCAGGUGGGGAAAAUUCUUCAUGCCGGCACCAUACUUGGUCCUCCUCGACAACAAUGCUUGGCUGAGGAAGAUCUGGAUCGUAGCCAUCGCCCACUGCCUUGCUCUCUGCGUCGUCAUCGCACGUAUCAACUGAUUAGGUGGUGAUUGUGUCCAUCUCUGAAUUCACUGAUAUACCAACCUUCAUCGUCUGUACGAAGCAGGCGUAUCAUCGACUGGCACUGACAACGGAUUGAGGAAGAAUUCUGUUGCUUCGGUUUGCCCUGCACAAAACAAGCA